ACAUCUCGGUUUACUUUACAGACAGUAAGCCCACACCAUGCGCACAGACAUUUUAUCACUUCCUGUCCCUGUUGACCUUGACAACGCGGUCCUCAUCAGGACCCCACCAAAGCGUCCUCGGUACUGCCUAAUAGCAUACGACGCCUUCAGUCCGCAUGAGCCCUCGCUUUCGGGAUUGUCCAGGCUACUAGCCUUAACUAAUUCUCACAGAGCUCGUUGUCUGUUCCCGAUAACCUAAAUACAUGCCAUACUCUUUCAUAAUACAGACGCAUAGCUGGCAGGCGCCCGGUUACAUGCACAAGGCGGAGCCUGAGGACCGUCCCCUCUGUCGCCGUGAACUUUGCGGUCACUCCCACGUGGUUCGGAUACUUCUAGAAGUGCGCAUUGAAACUGGUGUCUUUUUGCGCUGUCUGUGUGUUACGCCGUGUGUCCGUCAUCGCAUCAUGUUGAGCUCCAGUAGAAGCGUCAGCCGUGCCUUCUUUUUUGUGCAACGAAGCGAAGUCCGCAAGGGUUGCUUUAAUGGCCUCAGUGAAGAGUUGCUUAGAGCAGCAUCCAAGAGGAAUUAUGUCUCUGAAGCAAUUAAAGGAUCAGUUAUUGGAAUAGAUUUGGGAACAACAAAUUCCUGUGUUGCUGUCAUGGAAGGCAAGCAAGCCAAGGUACUGGAAAAUGCAGAAGGUGCCAGGACCACUCCUUCUGUUGUUGCUUUUUCUGCAGAUGGGGAGCGCUUGGUAGGAAUGCCUGCAAAACGCCAGGCAGUUACGAAUCCCAGCAACACUCUAUAUGCUACAAAACGUCUUAUUGGUCGUCGAUUUGAUGAUCCUGAGGUUCAGAAAGACAUCAAAAAUGUUCCUUUCAAGAUUGUCCGUGCAUCAAAUGGGGAUGCCUGGGUCGAAGCACACAAAAAGCUCUACUCUCCCAGUCAGAUUGGUGCAUUUGUACUUAUGAAAAUGAAAGAAACGGCAGAAAACUAUCUGGGUCAUUCAGCAAAGAAUGCUGUUGUUACUGUUCCUGCAUAUUUUAAUGACUCCCAGAGACAGGCAACAAAAGAUGCUGGGCAGAUCGCUGGGCUCAAUGUUUUGAGGGUCAUAAAUGAACCAACUGCUGCUGCUCUUGCUUAUGGCUUGGAUAAGUCUGAUGAUAAAGUCAUUGCAGUUUAUGAUCUUGGAGGUGGUACAUUUGAUAUUUCCAUUCUGGAGAUCCAGAAAGGCGUAUUUGAAGUAAAAUCCACGAAUGGUGACACGUUCCUUGGAGGCGAAGAUUUUGACCAAGCUUUGCUUCAACAUAUUGUAAAGCAGUUCAAGAGAGAGACAGGAGUAGAUUUAAUGAAAGACAACAUGGCUCUACAAAGAGUCAGAGAAGCUGCUGAAAAGGCAAAAUGUGAGCUCUCCUCCUCUGUGCAGACUGACAUUAAUCUACCAUAUCUUACCAUGGAUGCUUCUGGACCCAAGCACUUGAAUAUAAAACUGACUCGUGCUCAGUUUGAGGGGAUUGUGGCUGAUCUGAUCAAAAGAACUAUUUCACCAAGCCAGAAAGCCAUGCAGGAUGCUGAAGUCGGCAAGAGCGACAUUGGAGAAGUUCUCCUAGUUGGGGGAAUGACUAGGAUGCCAAAAGUUCAGCAGACUGUGCAAGACUUGUUUGGCCGUGCUCCAAGCAAAGCUGUUAAUCCUGAUGAAGCUGUUGCAAUUGGUGCUGCUAUUCAAGGUGGAGUUUUGGCUGGAGAUGUUACAGACGUUCUGCUGUUGGAUGUUACUCCCUUGUCUCUUGGUAUUGAAACAUUAGGCGGAGUUUUCACAAAGUUAAUUAGCAGAAACACCACUAUACCAACAAAGAAGAGCCAGGUUUUCUCCACUGCUGCUGAUGGACAAACCCAGGUGGAAAUUAAAGUCUGCCAAGGUGAAAGAGAAAUGGCUUCUGACAACAAAGUUCUUGGACAGUUUACACUUGUAGGCGUUCCCCCAGCACCUCGUGGUGUUCCUCAGAUAGAAGUUACCUUUGACAUAGAUGCCAAUGGAAUUGUACAUGUAUCUGCAAAAGACAAAGGAACUGGCCGCGAGCAGCAGAUUGUCAUCCAGUCUUCAGGUGGACUUAGCAAGGAUGAUAUUGAAAACAUGGUGAAGAAUGCUGAAAAGUAUGCAGAGGAAGAUAGAAGGCGAAAGGAACGUGUUGAAGCGGUGAACAAUGCAGAAGGAAUAAUCCAUGAUACAGAGUCCAAGAUGGAGGAAUUCAAAAGCCAACUGCCAGAAGAUGAGUGCAACAAGCUGAAGGAGGAAAUAAGCAAAAUGAAGGAGCUUUUGUCAAGAAAAGAUUCAGAAACCGGUGAAAGCAUCAAACAGGCAGCAUCAUCACUUCAGCAGGCUUCAUUGAAGUUAUUUGAACUUGCAUACAAAAAGAUGGCAUCAGAGAGGGAUAGUUCUGGAACUAAUGAACACAAGGCUGAGCAGAAAGAAGACAAGCAGUAACUGAAUUGUUGAAGUUGAAUAGUGGCUUGGGAACUAAUUUCCAUUGGGAUGUCCUGAGCUGAUAUGUUUAGAUGUCAACUGUUCUACUGUGUUCUGGCAGUACUCUAAAUCAAUUUAGUAAAGAAAUUCUAUAGUUAUGUUCAAUGUAUAAAAUGUCCUCCCUCCCCAAACCCCCUUCCAUUCUCCGUUUUUUUUUUUUUCUCUUUGGCCUAUAAAUACUUUUAUAUUAUAAUAUUUUCUUUCCUGUAUCUUUGCUCAACAAUCCUAUUUUAUACUGUAUUAAAGUUUGGUAGUCUGUUGUACAUUUCACAUUAAUGCCUCAUAUUUGAGGCAGUUCUGUGCAAGUUAAACUUAAGUUAUGCUUAAUAAUAUUACAAAUAAAAUACUAGCUUAACAGUG